AUGCUUACUGGUGACGCCAUCGCUAUUGCCAAGGAGACCUGCAAGAUGCUUGCUCUCGGUACCAAGGUUUACGACUCUGAGCGCCUGAUUCACGGUGGUCUCGCCGGCUCUGCCCAGCACGAGCUUGUUGAGAAGGCCGAUGGUUUCGCUGAGGUUUUCCCCGAGCACAAGUACCAGGUCGUCGAGAUGCUGCAACAGCGUGGUCACUUGACUGCCAUGACUGGUGACGGUGUUAACGACGCUCCCUCCCUGAAGAAGGCUGACUGUGGUAUUGCCGUCGAGGGCUCCACCGAGGCUGCCCAGGCUGCCGCUGAUAUUGUCUUCCUUGCUCCCGGUCUUUCCACCAUUGUCGAUGCUAUCAAGCUCGCCCGUCAAAUUUUCCAGCGUAUGAAGGCCUACAUCCAGUACCGUAUCGCUCUGUGCCUGCACCUUGAGAUCUACCUGGUUACCUCCAUGAUCAUCAUUGACGAGACCGUUGACUCUUCCCUCAUCGUCUUCAUCGCCCUGUUCGCUGAUCUUGCCACCAUUGCCGUCGCUUACGAUAACGCUCACUUCGAGGCCCGCCCCGUCGAGUGGCAGCUACCCAAGAUCUGGGUUAUCUCUAUCGUUCUUGGAAUCUUGCUUGCUGCCGCCACCUGGAUCAUCCGUGGUACUCUCUUCCUUGAGAACGGUGGUAUCAUCCAGAACUUCGGCUCUCCCCAGGAGAUUCUCUUCCUUGAGAUUGCUCUGACUGAGAACUGGCUGAUCUUCGUUACCCGUGGUGGUAAGACCUGGCCCUCGUGGCAGUUGGUCAUUGCCAUCUUCGUCGUCGACGUCUUGGCUACCCUCUUCUGUGUCUUCGGCUGGUUGGCUCCCGACUGGAAGGACACCCACCCCUCUGACCCCGCUGGCCCUACCUUCUCCGUCAACAACGAUGUCGAUAUUGUCACUGUUGUUGUCAUCUGGGCCUACUCCAUCGGUGUCACCGUCAUCAUUGCCGUUGUCUACUACAUCCUGACCAUCAUUCCCGCUCUGGACAACCUUGGCCGCAAGACCCGCUCCAAGGCCGACACCCAGAUCGAGAACAUGAUCGCUCACCUCUCCAAGCUGGCCAUUGAGCACGAGCACUCUGCUGACGGCAAGUCUCGUUACACUCUGGGUGCCCGCGCCGAGGAGAUCGAGGAGGACGAGUAA